AUUUUCGUCUGACACGGAGAGGGGCGUGAUUAUAUUGUUAAGCAGAUGUCUCGUGCUUAAGUUAUUCAGCCGGCUCUGUCCGUGAAUCAGUUGUGUGGGAAGUAGGCGUUGAUGUGAAACAAAUUUGUGACGAUGGGAGCCCAUGUUUCGCGGACAGAUUUUGAAUGGUCUUAUACUGAAGAACCACAUGCUAGUAGAAGAAAAGAAAUUUUGGCAAAAUACCCACAGAUAAAGAAGUUAUUUGGUUAUGAUCCUAAUUUCAAGUGGGUUGUAACAGGCAUGGUACUUGUGCAGUUCAUGAUGUUAUUUGUCAUGAAAGAUCAGUCAUGGCCAAUGAUAUUUUUGGUUGCAUAUGUUUUUGGUGGUGUGAUAAACCAUUCAUUAAUGCUUGCUAUUCAUGAAAUUUCACAUAAUUUGGCUUUUGGACAUGCACGACCAUUAGCUAAUAAAGCAUUUGGGAUAUUCACAAACUUGCCUAUUGGUAUACCAUUUUCAAUCAGUUUUAAGAAGUAUCACCUGGAGCAUCAUAGGUACCAGGGUGAUGAAAUGAAGGACACUGACAUACCAACCUACUUGGAGGCGAAGCUGUUCUGCAAUACUUUUGGAAAAUUUUGCUGGUUGUGUUUGCAACCAUUUUUCUAUGCUUUGAGGCCAGUUAUUAUUUACCCAAAGUCGCCAACGACUUUGGAAAUAGUUAAUGUCAUUAUCCAGCUAAUCUUUGAUGUCUUCGUUUAUUACUAUUUUGGGGGCAAAGUACUAGUGUACUUAAUUGCUGGAUCAUUAUUGGCAAUGGGGCUGCAUCCAGUUGCUGGGCAUUUCGUUUCCGAACAUUACAUGUUUCGAAAAGGUUACGAGACAUACUCGUAUUAUGGGUGUCUUAAUUGGAUAACAUUCAAUGUUGGCUAUCACAAUGAGCAUCAUGAUUUUCCUGCAGUUCCUGGAUCACGUCUUCCAGAGGUGAAACGGAUAGCAGCGGAAUAUUAUGAUAACCUACCACAGCACAAUUCUUGGGUUAGUGUUUUGUAUGACUUCGUCAUGGACCCUGAUAUUGGACCUUAUGCCCGCAUAAAAAGGAAAAACAGAGGAUUGAAAUCAUGAGUUGUAUUACUUUGAUGCUUUAUUCUUUAAUAAAUAUGUUAUCAGUGUUUUCAGCUGAAAAGUCAUAGACUGUUGGAAAUUUUUUUGAUGAGAUUAAUUUGUUAUUUCAUAUUGUGAAAUGUGUGGUGAAUGACCUGUGUGAAUUGGAAAACUGUAUUGACCUGGACUAAAUGUUGAUUAUUACAGAUACUGUGAUGCACGUUACAAUUAUUGACGAGAUCUGUUAUGCUGUUCAACUAGGUCUUGCCAAAAUUGUCUAUGGUGUACAUUGCAUGUUAGGCUUCAUGUUCGUAUGUAAAAAUUUAGAACAAAAUCACUGUUUUAAAUAAUGAAAUAUUGUAUGGUAACUAACAUUUUUUGCUGCUUUGGGAACUUGUCAGCAAGAGUUAUUUGUAACUUGCAGGGUUGAUAUCUUCAAAUUUGUUUUAACAAUAACUUGUUAAGAUGUGUAAAUACUGUGUUUAAAUGAUCAUACAUCAUUUUUGGGUUUUUAAUUUUUCCUUUCACUUUUUUUUUUAAACUGAUCAUUUGUAAUAUGCCAGUAAUGUUUUCCACUGUUACCAAGUUAUGCCUUGAAAAGCACAAAUCUCUAUUUUUAUUGUGUGUGUGUGUGUGUGUGUGUGUGUGUGUGUGUGUGUGUGUGUGUGUGUGUGUGUGUG